AUGAAUGUAUCAUUAUCAUCACUUGAACGUCUUUUACAUCGUUAUACAAUUGAACCAACAACAAAACCAUUUGAUGUUCGAUCUGUACCUGUUGAAGCAGUUCCAGUUGAACAACCUAAAGAUAUUAGUAUUGGGGUUGGUCUUCCACGUCCAGGAAUUGAAUCGAAAACAAAUCGAGAAGAUACUUAUGAUGAACAAUUAUCUGCUAUACCAGAAUUUGCUCAUUUGGGUCCAAUAUUCAAAUCAUCAUUACCAGUUGAUUUAACUGAAAGUGAAGUUGAAUAUGUUGUACGAUGCAUAAAAAAUAUUUUUAGUCAUUAUAUUGUUUUUCAACUUGAAGAUAUUGAAAUAACAGUUAGUGAUCAUGUACAAAAAGUACUUAAACCAAAUUGGUAUUAUAAAAUUAUUAUAUUUUAUUUUUCAUUUCAUCUUAUGUUUAUUAUAGAAUGUCUGAAGAAAAUAAUAAAUUAUAUGGGAAUGCAAGCUUGUGAACGAUCAGACAAAAUUCUAGAAGGCAAAGCAUCACAUGCACUUUAUUUAGCGGGUGUCUAUCGUGGUGGAUAUGAUGUACUUGUUCGAACAAAAAUGGCAUUAGGUGGUACAACAGUAUAA